UGCCCCGGUCCGGGUCGCGCCGGCCUCCUACUCCCCGCGGCCCGCACUGGGAGCGGGCCUCGCGUGCUCGCCUUGCCAUGGGGCGGGCCGGGCUCCCACGCCGCCAGGCCCCGCACCGCUGGCCGCCUGAGAAAGAGUCCUGGCCGUGAUCGCCUCCGGGAUUUUUCUGCAUCUGAAGAUAAAGCAAUAAUCUUCUCUGCAGUAGAUGGAUUUUUGUCACUUUCUGUGAAAUAAAGCGAUUCAAUGUCUUUUCUGGUUGAUAAGCCAACCCUUCCCCGGUUGUCUCCAUCUGCUAGACUCAGUGAAGCGGUCUGUUCCACCAGCGCUUCCCACUAUGAACUCCAAGUGGAAACAGGAAGAGGCUUUGACAAUCUGACUUCUGUCCAUCUUGCACGGCAUACUCCCACAGGAACCCUGGUGACGAUCAAAAUCACAAAUCUGGAAAACUGCACUGAAGAACGCCUGAAAGCUUUACAGAAAGCUGUGAUUCUAUCUCACUUUUUCCAGCACCCCAAUAUUACAACUUACUGGACUGUUUUCACUGUUGGUAGCUGGCUUUGGGUUAUUUCUCCGUUUAUGGCCUAUGGUUCAGCAAGUCAGCUCUUGAGGACUUACUUUCCUGAAGGAAUGAGUGAAACUUUAAUAAGAAACAUUCUCUUUGGAGCAGUGAGAGGGUUGAACUAUCUGCACCAAAAUGGCUGUAUUCACAGGAGUUUUAAAGCCAGCCAUAUCCUCAUUUCUGGUGAUGGCCUAGUGACCCUCUCUGGCCUGUCCCACCUGCAUAGUUUGGUUAAGCACGGACAGAGGCAUAGGGCUGUGUUUGAUUUCCCACAGUUCAGCACAUCAGUGCAGCCGUGGCUGAGUCCAGAACUACUGAGACAGGAUUUACAUGGAUACAACGUGAAGUCAGAUAUCUACAGUGUUGGCAUUACAGCGUGUGAAUUGGCCAGUGGGCAGGUACCUUUCCAGGACAUGCAUAGGACUCAGAUGCUGUUACAGAAAUUGAAAGGUCCUCCUUAUAGCCCAUUGGAUAUCAGCAUUUUCCCUCAGUCAGAAUCCAGAAUGAAGAAUUCCCGGUCAGGUGUAGACUCUGGGAUUCGAGAAAGUGUACUUGUCUCCAGUGGAACUCGCACAGUAAACAGUGACAGAUUGCAGACACCAUCCGCAAAAACCUUCUCCCCUGCCUUCUUUAGCUUGGUACAGCUCUGUUUGCAGCAAGAUCCAGAGAAAAGGCCAUCAGCAAGCAGUUUAUUGUCCCAUGUUUUCUUCAAACAGAUGAAAGAAGAGAGCCAGGACACAAUCCUUUCGCUGUUGCCUCCAGCUUAUCAAAAGCCAUCAGUAGCACUGCCUCCAGCACCACCUUGGACUGAGCCAGACUGUGACUUUCCUGAUGAAAAGGAUGCAAACUGGGAAUUCUAGGGCUGCCAAAUCCUUUACAUCCUACAUACUUGACACUUUCUCCCUGCUGCUUUUCUUCUGUAUUUCUAGGUACAAAUACUAGAAUUAUACUUGAAAAUACAGUUGGUGCACUGGAGAAUCUACCACUUAAAACCACUCUAUUCAAAGGAGCAUGAGUUCGUAGCCCCUUUGGUUAGCUCAGUGCUACUACACCUCCAGGGAAACUUCAGAAGGAUUCACCUAGCUACACUUAGUGUCAUCUGUUCUCAAGUUUUGUUUCUUCCAAAGCUGUGACUAAUUCUUCUUGAUCUCACUAUCAUUUUUGAGCCAUUUAAUUCUUUCAGCAUUUCCUGCCCUCAGGGAAUGUGCCCUCAAAGGACAGUGCUUCCAAAUACAUUUUUUACUUCCAGAUUUUCAAGCCUUUUUGAUCAGCUAUUGUUAGACCAACAGGCUAGUUGAUUUUGGCAUCAAACCCUUGUUUGGUAACAGGGAAACAGGUAUGCUUCCCCAUUUUCUUGUGUUAAUACUUAUGGCAAUAUCAAACUGAGCCUCACUCACAUUAAAUGAUUCACUUGAAAUAUAUA